AUGGAUAUGGACGAAGGAGAACGGAAGCAGUUUCAUCCGAUAAACCCAGAAUCCAAGACCUUCCACUGGAUUCUCACCUUGGCACUCCUAUUGGUGCUACCGUCGCUUUCGUCGGUGCUAGCUUUUGCUGACAGAUUACAUUGGUCAUUAUUGUUGCAAUGCGUGUCCACGGGCUAUUCUGUCUUUGAGUCGUUGUUCUUGGAUUUUCCAGAUAAUGUAGAUAAUCACGAAAACAGAACUUCUAAGGGUACCAGCUGGUUUCUCUCGGCUCUAUUGGGAGCAACUAUUUUUGUGGGCACGCUUAUCAAUGGCUCAAACUUGGUCAUCAACAAGUUCUAUCCCCAUUGGCAGAGCAGAGGCGAAUAUGGCUUCACUUACAAGAUCUACAAGACAUUGUCCUUCCUAGCAGUGCUAACUGGCUGGGUUAGAGUGUGCAUGGCUCCUGUGGCGCUAUUUGGAUUUUGUUAUGGGAAACACACUGGUCAAUGUAUUGCUCAUGGAAUCAUGGGUUCGGCCUUUAUUUUGUACUCGUUUGUGUUGUCGUUCGUACUUGUAGUUCCGUGGAUCAGAACCCACCAGUUGCACAACAGCUCCAACCUAAAGUCGCAAGAAUUCUACGAUUCUACCGUUAUGUGUGUUUGGGGUAUUGUGAACACUUUCACAGAACAUAGGUGGGGCACCGAGGACUGGUCAAUGGGGGACUAUCAGCACACUGCCAUGGGUAUCAUCUGGUGGUCUGGAGGCUUGUUAGGAAUGUACUUGUCGAUGAAAAACAGAAGAACUUUUAUUCCUAGUGCCUUGCUCGUUUUCACAGGGUAUUCGAUGUCGCAGCAUUCUCAGCACUUGGAAAUCUCGACGAAAGUCCAUAGCUUGUUUGGCUUGGCACUUAUGGGUGCAGGUGUCACCAGAGUAAUCGAGAUCCUGUUUUUGUUGCACGACAAAGCCUGUUCGGAAACCGGUCGUAUUUUGUCGUUCCAGUACAUGCCACCAUUCUGUCUUACCCUUGCAGGAAUCCUCUUUAUGUCAGCCACUGAGGAACAGUUACAGUUGGUUCACGACUUGGGCUCAGACCACUCGGCAUAUAUUCUUGUUGUCUCCUCAGCAGCGUUUCUCAUAUUCUUGUGGAACCAGUUGCUUUUGGCUCUCUACUUACGGUUGGUCGGUUACGAUGAGAAUGGCGAGUUGAGUGGAAGUGGUGAAUAUGAACUGGUUCAUGCUAGACAAGCCGAAGAUUUUGAGUUGGGAGACUUAUCAGAAGACGACACUCCUGUUGGCAGCGGCGGUCUGGGCUAG